AUGAGAACCCGGACUGACCUGUUACAGCCAUUGCUCGACAUCGACAUCGAGGGUGAUGGUGACGAAGAACCAUUGUCCGUGACGCAGAUAGAGGAGACUUCUGCUGAGGUAGAGAGCGCCGCAAGGGAUUCUGAGAAAGCAAAGGACUUUAUCAGCUCUGAGGAUGCUUCUAUGUCUGCGUCAGAAGCAAACGCAGCAGCGCAAAGACCCCAAAGCAAGCCUCCAAGUUCGCCAGAAGUACAGGGCAAUUUUGAAGCAACGCCGGCUGUCAGGCAUUUGCUAAAGCAACAUAAUAUUGUGGUCGAAAGGAUAACUGGCACCGGAAGAGGUGGACGCAUCACCAAAGAAGACGUUGAACGCUACCUGUCAGAAUGCAGGAAAGAUGCCCCUGUGUCCACACCCACAGAGAUUUCGACGGCAGCAUCCUCAACGGCUGGACAGGACGUCACCGUUCGGUUGAGCGCGACGGAAAACCAGAUGUUCAAGGCGAUGACUCGUUCGCUCAGCAUCCCGCAUUUUUUGUACACCCACUCAGUCAAUGUUUCAGCCUUCAGCGAGUUGCGAUCCAAGCUUGCAGCAUCCAAGGUCUUAGAUUAUCUGGCAACGUCAGCAAAGGACACAAGCAUAACUCCGAAGAUUACGCUUCUUCCAUUCAUCAUGAAGGCGCUGUCGACAGUGUUCUUGCAAUUUCCAAAAUUGAAUUCCCAUGUAGAUGCAAAGGAACCAAAUACUCCCAAAUUAACGCUUAAAGCCAGUCACAAUUUCGGGAUAGCAAUUGACACACCCCAAGGCUUACUGGUGCCGGUGAUCAAGAAUGUACAGGAUCAGUCUGUCUUGUCUCUAGCUGCCGAAAUCAAACGUGUCGGCGACAUCGCACGAGCAGGGAAGCUGAAACCCGAAGAUUUUCAAAGUGCGACUUUCACGGUCAGCAACAUUGGCAGCGUCGGAGCUCGUUGCCAAGCUGUCAGCCCAGUAAUUGUUGCUCCCAUGGUUGGGAUACUCGGCAUGGGAAGAAUGUCAGAUGUGCCGGUUUUCAGAAAAGAUGACCAAGGAAACGAGGGGCUUUUUAAGGAGCAGCAAGUCAUAUUGAGUUGGAGCGCAGAUCACCGAAUCAUUGAUGGAGCGACGGUCGCAAAGGCUGCCGACAUGCUUGCAGCGCUGUUGAGUCAGCCAGAGAGCUUGGGGCUGAUUCUCAAAUGA